CAGUGCGCCACAAGCAAUGACUUGAUAGGGGUAAAGAAGAAGGAAAAUGACCCCAUUCGUACAUUUUCGUUCGACUGUAAAUUUUUCAAGAUUUUAAAGAGCAAUUUAUUGUGAGUGCUUGAUCUCAAAUUCACUCUUCCGUGAGAAUUUGUCCGCUUUCUGGCUGUUCACGCAAGCAGAACUACGCUUCGCGAAUGAAAUGGUCGCUCGUAGCAAUGAUUUAUUCAACCAGGAGAAGAUAUGUGGUCGUGACGAUUUUCUUCACCUCGGCGUUUUGGCUGAUUGUAGAGUUGAUACUACUUAGCUACACCAAUGUCGAACUCUCUCAAGCAGAUAUAAAUCAAUUCCCUGAUUCAAGGAGAACUGGUUCGAUUACUUUCGAAUCUUCAGAAGCUUCAAUCGAAGAAUUUAAAUCUGUGUACGUAACGCUCAUUCCCCCAAAUCCUAGAGGACCAGGAGAAGGAGGAGAAGCAGUUCACAAUGAUCAGGAUGACCCAGCUCAAAUAAGCCAGGAAAAAGAGGGAUAUAAAAAGUAUAGUUUCAAUGAAUUGGCAAGCAGUAAGAUUUCGUUGGAAAGAUCCAUUCCUGAUAAUCGACCAGAGAAGUAAGUAUCCAAGUUACUAUUUGUAUUAAUGUUAUUUCUAUCACUAAGUAGUUUUGGAAAGUCCGCUCUCCGAGUGAUUACAUUUCUUAGUUUCCAUUGCAGUUUUGACUCUUCCAGCGGCGAAGUCACUUCACAGCUUUGUGUUUAUAUGGCUCGCUCGGCCAAGAAAUUGAUGGCGGAUUCAAAUAUUUAUCAACCGGUUUUUACGGUGAUAAAAGAUCAAAUAGCCGAUUUUGAAAAGAUGCAUUAUAUUAACCUUAAGAUAAUUUGCCGUAUUCGAAUAUUGUGGUGCUAAUGUUGAAGUUAAAAUAUAUUUUUGCGUUAAAUGAAUCUGGGGAAGUUUGUUAUCGAUUUGCAAUAUAAACAAGUUUGCCGUCCAACUCACUUUGCUGGUGGUUUUCACAGAUCGAAGACAAAAUACAAGAAAACAACAGGACGAUGAAGAACGAAACUCGUCUUAUUCAGAAGCGAAGAAAUUAGAUAGCACUCCUUCACGAGCCUAAGAGUAUCAAUAUUUCACUUUAAAAAAAUCAUGAGAGUCGAUCUUCAUUAUUGCGCUUAAGCUUAUGGCUCUUUUAUAUUUUACUAGCGUUGUUUCGAGUCUCAUUUUUUAAGCGAAAAUGUUUUUAAGCUUCAUUUGACACACGGUCAUUAACCGAGUUAAGUUGGAUGUGAAUGAAAUCAUUCCCUGCAGAUUUUUGAAUCAGUAGUUUUCCAAACGAGGAAUUGAAGGGAACGACAAUGACUAUGCAAAUUUUAAGUCGUGUCACGCCACGAAGCUAAUGGACUUGCGAAUUGUUUUCCACAUUGACAGGUGCCUUAGUCUGAAGUACCCGACAAAACUUCCCACUGCUAGUGUUGUUAUUAUCUUUCACAAUGAGGCGUGGUCGACUCUUCUACGGACAGUACACACAGUUUUAGCGCGAUCUCCGCAAGAAUAUUUAAAAGAAAUAAUUUUGGUUGAUGAUCACAGUAAUUUCGAAGGAUAUGGUAAGUGGUUUUUAUCCCCCCCCCUUCAAGGGCACCAUUUGUUACUCUAAGGGCCUUUCCUUGGGGAAUGUACAGGGGAGAGGAGAUGUAUCUUUAAAUCUUUAAAUAAUGAAGAAUGAGGUUGGAAGUGACUGCGACAGGUCUCUCUCACAAACUGCUUCGUUCAUAAUACUCCUAAAACAUGUCGCUGCUGGUAGUUCUGAGGCAGUCAUCAUCGCACCAAUUCAGACCAGCUGGUCUAAAUUUGUGAGACUUUACAUGACAAGGAGAAUAUUCUAGAUCUGUCGAAGGCACAAAGCUUUUUUCUUAAAUUCCAGUGUCUUACGAAACAAAUUGUCGUCCAGGGCGAGCUGCGACUUGUCUCUCAAGUGUGAUUACCCCUGAGGAAAGAACUAAUUUCCCAAGGAAAAUUACGAAAAGAAGAUUUAUAUUAUCCCCUCUUUAUCGCGAAUGGCAGUUUAAAUUGUCGCUACCAACUCAGCAGGAAACUGUUUGAAGCUGUGCUUAGUCUUUCAGGUGUAUAAAGCCGAAGGCUGCUGUCCAAGCACAAAGAUAAAUCCUUUGUUUUGCCGUGUUUGUUUGCUUUUUUUUUUUUUUCGGUCAAACAGAACUUAAAAGCUUUCAACGUGAGAUAUAGAAAAAUGAUAUUUCCAUACCGGCAUAUGGUGGUGAAAUGUGCCAAACAUUAAAAAAUAGUCGACAAACACUGACCAACAUGAAUAUUUUGCUGGCCGUGACGCAGGCUUCAGCUGAUUUCCUGUGGCGAUAUUGAUAGACCCUUCCACUUUUCUUUUCUUUUUUUUUUUUUUUUGUACUAAUAUGGACCAUAAAGCGGAAUUUUACGGACAGUUCCGGUAAAACUGUCUUAAGUUUAAGGGUAAUUAGUUAAAAACUGACAAAGAUAUCCCGUCGCAAAUUCAACAUAUUUUACAAAUGGAAAUCUCCCAUAAUGCAAACUUAUGUAAAAUUGUCAACUGUUCGGAGCCAUGUUGUGAUUCUUUUCGGAAAUCGAUUUUAACCUGGCCGCUUAAAUAAUUUUUAGAGCGUGUGUCUAGCAGUGUCGAUCAAUUUGUUAGAACUGGCCCAUGUCAAAAGUUGAAAACGAAAAAAAAAAAGGAGAAAAAGAAAUUUGAAAUCGUCUCAUGCCAUCGCGAUUGAUGUGGUGUAGUUUAUCAAAUAAACUUUUCUCCAGUGUUACGUUAAACAAGCGUGCCUAUAAUGAUUCAGCGCAAAUGUGGUUGUGACAGACUUGACGACUCUAUACAAUUUAAGAUAUUGUUCAACACCUGGUGAGAUGUUUGUUUUAUACCAGCAGGUGUUUCGAGUCUAGUAAAAGAAAUCACUACUGUUCCUCUUGAGUGUCAAAGAAAAACCUUUUUCUGUUGAAUAUCUCCCAAGCAUUCUCGAAAUAUUCCUGCUCGAUAGCUAGAUAAGCGGACCUUUAACCAAAGAAAAAUGAAAUUGGUUGUAAAUGUGUUUUGAACUGAAAAACUGAACAAAUAAACGGAAAAAAGCCAAACAAGGAGGCAAAGCAAUUACGUUUCCCUCGCGCGAUUACAACCCGCUGCGAUUCAAUUAAGUAGCUUUUGCUUUAACUCAAUUCCAAUUUUUAUUUUUGGAAAAUAAUGCACUGCAUCUCAAUUUCAAAACUUACUCUGGUUUUAUUUCCUAUAUAUUCUCAUAAAUAUUUUUUCGUCCGCUAUUUGAAUGUGUAAACCCACCUAACUUGUUACAGACGAACCUGUAUCAAGCGGUCACCCAAAGGGAAUGGCGGAAUGACCGUUGACUGCAGGUUGACCAGCAAAUGACUUGCGUAACGUUUGUGCGUAAUAUUUGUCGUAACGGUCCAAAGAAGAAAGAUAAUCUGCAAAACUUUGAGGAUGUUUGAACUCAAAAGUGCUAACAUCGAUUUAGGGAGAUGUUCGUUUCAUUUCGUUUCCCAAUUUUUAUUCUUUCUUUUUUCAGCUCAUCUCAACGAAAAACUGAGUUCGUACAUCCAACACUUUCCCAAAGUGCAACUCACUAGAGCAGAGACCAGACAAGGUUUAAUACGCGCCCGGCUGAUUGGCGCCAAACAAGCUAAAGGCGAUGUCCUCGUCUUUCUUGAUUCCCAUUGCGAGGCUAACUACGGUUGGUUGGAACCGCUGCUUGCAAGGAUCGCACAUGACAGGACUAUUGUCGUUACCCCAGAUAUCGAGGUUAUCGAUUUAAGAACGUUUUCUUAUGCUAAGGGUAAAGGAGGCUACAAUCGAGGGGUCUUUAAUUGGGAGUUGACUUUCAAGUGGAGGGCAUUGCCAGACUAUGAGAGGGAACGACGCAACAGUGAUGCUGAUCCUAUCAGGCAAGUGAAACCUUAUUUUUUAGUGUCUUCAUUACCCCAAUAAUCAGGGAAACCUUUUUAAAAUCCAGGAGGGGAGGUGUUUAUCUGUGUUUGUUUGAAGGAUGGGGGCUUGGGGUGGAGUUGGGGGAAAAUGUGCGGCGGCGGGAAAAUGUGAUAGGCUGGCAUCCUUUACAGAGAGUGCUCCUGGAUUCUCAAUGAUGCGGAAACCGAGUUCAGCUCAAGUCAAUGAUCUCGUGUGUAGACUUAACUUACUUUAUUCAUCAUUGCCGUCUUGAUUGUCAUCAUAUUAUAUUAUAGCCAAGUACAUGAAGGUGGGAACUUCAUCCCGUCUAGAGGUUGUCUGCUUGCGUGAGAUUUUUCUACACUGCUCUACGAGAAAGUUGGAGAUUUGUGUUUGCCAUCCUUUUACGUACAAGUAUACUACAAAAUAGUAAUCUGAGUUUAUCUUUAGUCCCACGACGUAGUCUCUUCAAAUCUGCAUCGCGAUGUUCCUUCUGCAUGUUGACAACCCCUUCAGGCGACGAUGUCAAAUGUUCAUGCUUCGUCAUAUAGAACAUAAUUCUCCAUUGGGAUUGUCUUCUUGGAUAUUUUUUUUAACUUCAUGUUUUCCGCAGGUCACCCACAAUGGCUGGUGGGUUGUUCGCAAUCGACAGAACGUAUUUCUAUGAAAUUGGUUCAUAUGAUACUGAAAUGUCUUACUGGGGAGGAGAAAACGUAGAGAUGUCCUUUCGGGUAAGUUCGGUUUACUCUGACCAGCAUGUAAAUCCCUUUUAUGACAAAAGAAAAAAAAAUAAACAGAGAAAAUCUUAACGAUUAUUUUGGUUUGAAACGGUGUGUAAGAAGGGCGGUUACUCAGUGGUUAUUACGCAGGGCCCCAGAGAUCUGGGUACUCUACCACGUGUUAUUGAGUAUUGUUCUUGGAUAGAACACUUUACUCUCUGCUGCAGUGCCCCACCCAGGAGUAUAAAUGAGUACCAGCGAACUGCCAGGGAAGCCUUAAAAAUGCAAAUUUAUCUGCAUUGAACUAGUGUCUCCUCUCAGAAGUGAAGUACAUUGUUCAAGUCGUUUCAUGCCACAGAAGCCGUGAUAACUUCUCGCAGCUACGCAAGUUUGACGUGUAUGCAGACAUUACCUUAGUGUCGCGAUUCGGUGAAAUAUGCCUCAUUUUAAACAUGCAAUAAGUGACAAUGACAAGAUGGAUGCUAUUAUUUGCUAUUAUUACUUACUGAGUUAUAUUACUAUUAUUCCACUAUAAAUCUAGCGAAGUGAGAGCCUUCCCUUCUCUCAAUAUUGUACACCAUCGAUGCAAAUGUCAUUCAGUGAAAAGACAUCAUCCUUCACUUAAAUCACCACGCUUGAAAUUUAACCAUCUUCAUUUACUUAUUAAUUUCGCAUAAGCAACGCUAUCGACAUUCUUAUUCCAGCAGUAUGCAGGAAGUUUGUCACCAUGGACCUUGUAAAACGGCCUAUGCGACCACAGGUCUUCCACAGCUCCUCGGUAGAGUAUCCGAAGUACUCAUCGGAAAGUUGUAGGUUCGACACCUAAUGAGAGCACUCGGAGUUCUUGUUCUCUGAGUAUGCUUGUGUCAUUUUAAAAAUAUCAUCUUCCGGCACUUAGAACCCCAGCCUCAAAAUAUACCAUCUUCAAUUACAUCAUCCUCGCUAAAUUCCGAGAUCGUUUGCAUGAGGAGGGGAGGGUAGUAUUACCAUGAGAAUGAGAGGUGGGGUCGUUUGAGGGCGUUAGAGACUAUUGUUGUUACCGUUUUUUAAUGUAAAUCGAUGAUGCUCGAAUGACAAUAUAAUUUCACUUGAUUUAGAGAAUUUUGAAAUUUUUGACUGUGGACUCUAACUUCCGGUUUUAUUAUUAGAUCUGGAUGUGCGGAGGAUCUCUCGAAAUUCUCCCGUGCUCCAAGGUCGGUCACGUGUUCAGAGAGAGUCAGCCAUACAAGAUUGGAGAAGGAGCAAUUGACAAGAAUAACAUGAGAUUGGCUGAGGUCUGGAUGGAUGAAUACAAACAAAUCUUUUACGCUAUGAGACCGCAGCUCAAGGACAGAUCUUAUGGAGACGUGUCCGAGAGAAAGGCCCUUAGAGAAAAACUUAAAUGUAAGAACUUCAAGUGGUAUUUGCAGAACGUGAUCCCAGAAUUGGACAUCCCGGAUAUGUACCCGCACGGUAGAGGGGAGGUGAGAGUGCAUUCUAAACAUUUCUUUGAAUAAAGGGGUAAGUUUCUAAAGAAACUGUGGUGCUGCGUCGGUGGGAGAGUAUUUGUCAGAGCGAUUCUGACAAGGGGCUAACGCUCGAAACGUCAGCUUUUUUACCCUUUACGGUGGCUAAUUUACGUUGUCAACUCAGUUGUUAACACUAAUUUACCUGCUAAACAUUUCUUUGUCUGGAUACUCGUUUGCUUGUCGAUAUUUUGUUUCCAUAAUCGUAGAAAACGAUUUUUUUUUAUUUUGUAAUUGGCCAGACUGGCCUUAGCCUCCUUAGCCUUAGCCUGGCACUUUUUUUUUAGCCACCACGUUUUUUUUAACUCUCUUUUUAACUCUGACUUGUAUUGACUUGUAGGUCCGUAAUCUUGGUACUGACCAGUGCUUAGAUACGUUAGCGAAAAAUGAGCCAGGCGGCGAACCUGGCAUGUACAUGUGCCAUGGCAUGGGAAAUAACCAGGUAGGCAUGUACAUACGGGUAUUAAUAGAUCACUGACGAAUCUCCUGCUAGCUUGUGUACCUUUUGGUUCUCUGUGCGCUUCAAUGCGAUGAGAGGCGAAGCCUCAAGUGGUUAUUCAAUUACUAUUAUCCGUCCCAAAACCUUCGUGGCUUCUUCGCUCGACGCUUCAAGGCGCACGCACACACAAAAAUAAACUGCGUAAGGCCUAGGUAAGUUCGUAUAAGCCAUCUGAAAAGACGCGAGCAAGCGAAGAGUCAAGCGCCUCAGUAUUCUUGGGCGCCUUACAAGUAAUUACCACUUGACAUCCUCCAAUUAAGGCAUACAAGCGAUGUUCUGCCAAAAGAAACGGAUUCCCCUACAUUUUGCGUUCAACUUUUUAAAAUUUUCAUUGUCAUUAUAUCACCCCUAGCUGACGUUAAUUGCUAACGAUUUCUGAGCGAUCGCAGUCCCAAGCAUCUCAGCUUAUCCUUAGCGAGCUGUCGGCCAUAUAUUAGGUUCAGAUUUCAAUACCUGUUACCAAUAAUGAGUCACCAUUUUUUUCAGUUUUUCAUGUACACGAAGAAGAAUGAGUUUUGGCAUGAUGAUCUGUGCUUGGAUCUGGUAAAUGGUGACUCCAACACCAAAGUUAAGCUAUACAAUUGUCACAGACUUGGUGGAAACCAAAAGUGGGAACAUGAUCGGGUGAGUCACUGUUUCUAGUGAUGGCCGAGAACAAUGUCUUAGGCUGCUUUGGUAUGGGAGAGUAAAAUUAAUUGCACCGUAGAGAUGACUGAGCUUGACUGACUUCUGACCGUGCGCACCUCCACGGGGGAGACUAGAACUAGUGAAUUCUUAUGGGUUGAGACAUUAAAGAUAGAGCUCAUGGAAAUGAUGUCAUAAUUUUACUGUUAUUGGUUGAAAGGCUUAUUUUUAUUUAUCUUUUCUAGCCAGAAAAAAAAUUGUUGAAACUACUCUCUGUCCAAGUUGGCGGCAUUAAAAAAAAAUUGUUUGAAAAUGAGUGGUAUUUACUCAAAGGAUUUUGCCCCAAAACGACAGUAUAUUAUUUCACGGCAAUAACGGCAAAAAAUCUGGCUCAUUUUCGGGCGUCGUCUAGAGAGUGAAACUUAUUUUUCUGUCAUGUGUCUUUUCCGGCAGGAUGGGAAAAUUCGUCACGUACUACACGACGUUUGCUUAGAUAUUGAAGGGGAUGGCCUGGUCGUACGGAAAUGUGACAACCGGCAAACACAGAAGUGGAGGUUCUCAGCUUACCCAGAAGAGGACAGAAGUAAAAGUAGUCAUUCUGACGUGUUAUAACAAGGGAUAUUUCAAUUUUAGGAUGUUUUUAAAUUCUUUUUUUGUUAAUUACAUUUAUUAAUUCAAUUGUGCCUUCGCCGGUCAAAAAAAGUAUUUUUUUUUAGAACUAAGAUACAGUUGGAGUGGUGUUAUCUCUAGUUUUUAAAUCAGUUUCUAUCAUGUAUCCUUACAGUCCAGGUUCUAACUUUCUUAGUCUCCCUGGUUGUGUGCCGUUCAGAGCCCAGUUGUUCAAAGGGCGGGUAACGCUAUCCAAAGGGUAAAUCGCUAUUCAGCGGACAACUGCUAACAUAACGUACUGCGCUAUCCACUGGAUAGAGAUUUAUUCAGUAAUAACUUUAUCCCAACUUCGAACAACCGAUGACAGACCAUUAGAAUUUUUAGUUAAAUAUUUCAAAGCGUUGCGAAAUUGACGUUCACAACUUUGAGACAAUUUCAAGUGCAGUAAAGUCAAGGAAAAAGCUUGAAAACAAUGAAGAAGUAAAGAAUAGUAGGCAGUAUCGGAGAUCAUAUUGUAUCAGUCUAUCUUCAGUAUUUGGAAGGUGACAGAUCAAAUUCAAAUUGUUUGUAGUAAUUACAUGAAGAGAAAUUUAUAACUCACGCGAUUCCAAUCUUCCCUUUAACCCUUAGCACCCUAAGAGUGACUUGCAUCUAAUUUCUCCUUACAAUAUCACCUCUGAAUCAGACAUUGAGGUCACGAGAAUAUGGGAAAUAAUCACCAACUAAAAAAGCUUUUGAAUUUGAAACAAAUUCUCCUUGUCAGCACCUUAGGAAAUGUAUAAAGAACAGUAUAGAGAAUAUGCAUACUGAUGUUAGGAUGGGCAGGGUUAAGUGUCACAGCCCAGGACCAGUUACGCUCUUUUCUCCCUCUUAGGCAGAAUUUGGGAUAACGCGCGGGGUUCAAACUACUCUCGCAUUCACGUCAGUACCAAUACAAAUGUAAGACUCGCAUGUUGAAAUACAUGUUUUUAACUAAAAAUGUGACUCAGUAAUGUUUCCUUUGGGUGAAUCACUUGAUAACAUCAUUAUCGCUCGAAGUCAAAAUUACACUUGUACCC